GAGAUCUAACUUCGCACGAGAAAUAACACAGAGAUCGAACUUCCAUGAGAUCGGAAUCCACGCGGGAAAAACGGGAUAUACGAGAUCUACCGGAAGUAAUGUCAUAAAAGAUCUUGGAAAAUAAAUCAAUUUGCUGAUUUUCUGGCAUCACCGAAGACAUGGAUAAAAAUCACCUCGAUAUCCCAACACAGAUUAGUAACGAUAAAUCUAGAAGGAUACCGGAACCGGAAACGAGUGUGAGAGAAAAAGAACGGCAUGGACGUACAGGUCAUAGUACCAUACGGAACGCUGACGGCACUCUUACCAAAGUGACAAGUUUUGGUGAUUCUGCUUUGGAUGAUCUUCAUUACGUAACUGUAUUCGGCGAAGACAAACGGAGAAGGCGGCACCACCAUUACGAUGACGUAGAACCCACCGGUGAUAUCCUUGACAACGGGAAUGUAACAUUGGACAAGUUCCGUUUUGAUUAUUUAUUUGGUAGUGGAUCUAAAAGCCCUAAACCGGAAGAGGAGUUCAACCAUGUGGAACCCCAAUACAAGAGAGUAGUAAGUAGGGAUAUACCUUAUUACGGGUCGCCGGAAAUAGUUACAAGUUUCACCACUUCACGAAAAUUAGGAGAAGUGUCGAAAAUAGUACCGAUACAAGACGGUAAGGCUUGGAUAAACACAGUCGGGGAUUCAUUUUUAACACUGAUUGAUCAAACAGGAAAACGACUCAACCGGUCACCAGUUUAUGAUAAUUGUAUUUGGGACUUCGCCUUAAACAGAAAACAUAAGAUCUUUAUAACGGUGGAUCGCAGUUCUCUUGUGCAUGCGUUGACACCGUAUGGCGAGCAAACAGCAGCUGGAAAUUUCUUGGGAUACCAGCCCUACGGAAUUGACGCGACGGAAGAUGGCAGACUUCUCGUUUGUAUUCGUCCAUUAGCUGGAACAAAGGGUCACAGCAAAUUAGUAAUCAUUGGCAAAAAUGGCCAAAUCAUGCGCGAAGUUGAAACACGCGAGGACAGAAAGACGCCAUUGUUUCUGGAUCCCUACAAUGUCCACUGUAUCAAGAAUGGAAAAAUAUUCAUUCGCGACGGGAACACGAAAGUCGUGUGUAUCACUGAAAAGGGUAAACAUUUGUACACGUGGUCAAAUCACCAAGAUGACCUUGACACGGAGGAAGAAGAGGUGUUUAACCCCUCACGUUUGACCUCUGACCGUCACGGGUCACUGAUUGUGUCGUCAAAGGAUGCUAAUAAAGUGUAUAUUCUGACUGUAGACGGCCAGGGGCUGCGCUGUCUUCUGGAUCUCACCCACGGGAUUCACGCCCCGUGGGGGCUAGGUGUAGAUAAAGACGGAAAUAUCUGGGUUUCGUGCAAGGAUAGACAAAUGCACAUAAUAAAAUACUGACUUAGGCGUAAACUUUCAACGGAGGUGAAGACAGUUACAGCAUUUGUCAUUGACGUUGACGAAUUAACGGCACUGGUUUAUCGGAGUUUGUUCCGAACGCACCGGAACUGACGCCAUCCCAUAUCAUUUUUAUAUCAAGGUGAUAGAUAAUGUAUACCGUACUGUAAGUUAAAAAAAAAAUGUUAUGCAGCCAUUUCCGGCGGAGAAUUACAGCAAUUUGGUGAAAGGCACUGUAAUCUGAGCGAGGUGUUCCGAAUGCUGAAUUCUGAAUCUAACUCUGUUCUGAAAGGUUACUAUGAAUCCCAUGUAUCUUUUUGAUCAUAUAAAUACAUUGUAUAAAUGAUUUUCAAUUCUCGUCAGAGUU